AUGUGGUUGCCGAACAUAGUGCCAGCAGGCUCGCGGACAGAGGCGCUCACAGGAAAACCCCAUAGCCUCGUGACAUCUGAGACAGGGCUAGACAUAAGCGAAUUCAACUUCAACUUUGACCAGCUGGGCUUCUUCGCACCGCCUCACUCGGAGCAUUUAUCUCACCCCGCCCUCCUUUCCGAUAACCUUCACGCUCAGCCAGUCCAACAAACAGGAGGCUUCAUAAACUCGUGGGAACAUCACCACCUCCCCACAACCUCGGAUACAUUUCCUGUGAUAGACCACACUCAGCCCCAGCCCCAGCCUCAAGCUCAGCAUACUCUCUCCCAGCCGCAGACUGAGCUUCAUCGCUCUCCACAGAUCCCCUCCUCCUCCUCUCCUGUCGCCUUCAGGGGGAGAGCUUGCCAGCCCAAACCGGUCACCGACAACAGUGUCAACAGCAACAAGCGCCCACGGUUCCGGUACGGACAAAGCCCUGGACACAUUUCCUUUCUUGACACAAGCAGCCUCAGACAGCUGCAGGAAUCGAAUUCCAGCCCCACAACAACCUGGGAAGCCUCGCCGGUCCUCUGGAUGGCGGAACUAAACGAGAUCAACGUCCGCCUCCUGGAACUGUCCACUGCCCUCUCGGAGGCGCAGGAGGCGCCCCAGCCGCUCGGCAGGCCUUCUAAUGAGAGGUUCAGAGAAAACGGGUGGCCAAUAGACGAGAUGUUCAACCUCACGCAGCGCGUGGCCGACAUCCUUGACCAGCUGGCAGCCACCGCCACGGAACGACGGGCCAGCGCAGACCCAGGCAACUCCAUGUUUGUGCUGUCGACGUAUGUGCGGCUGCUCGACAUGUACCAGAAGGUGUUCGGCCUGGUGCAGACUGAAGUGGCGCAGACCGACCCGGACGAGCUGCUGAUUAUUGCCUCGGAGGUGGUGUUUCAGUUCUGGAAGCUGCCAAACGUGAACAUCGGCUCGAUUCCUGUGAACUCGACGCCCUCGCUCGCCAUGUUCCUGACGGCCCAGCUGGCCAACAAUUUCCUCCGUCGCCUGCGCAAGGCGACGGCGGCUCUGGACGCGUCGCUGAGGAACCCCAAGGACGGCACGGUCAAUGGGCAGGCGGGCGCGGGAACUCUGUCGACGUCAUUGUUUGUAGACGUGUCGUACGAGAUGGUGAAGAGCAGGGAGGAGACUUUGACCAAACACCUGGCGGAGCUCCGUAAGGAGCUUGCGUCGAUAAUACCUAUGCUGGAUUGUUAUGAGGAGGAGGAGGAGGAGGAGUAA